AUGGAAGGUGCUCGUGGUUUGUACCCGUGUGGACGGACGCGGGAUGGUGGUGCAGGUGGUCGAGGAUUCGUGCUUCCCGACAGCGCCGCUGCCAAGUCUGACUCACUGAGAAGUUUCCCUCUUACGAGACCUGAUCUUGCAAAAAAUGGGAGGCUGCUGUUAAAAAGGAAAAACUUCAAACCGACCAAGUACAGCAGCAUUUGCUCAGAGCACUUCACUCCUGACUGCUUUAAAAGGGAAUGCAACAACAAGCUUCUGAAAGAAAAUGCCGUGCCCACGAUAUUUUGUUACACUGAACCUAGCGAAAAGCCUGAAGAAUUUACAGAACAGCCAGAAGAUCCACUACCGCCUCCCCACUGCCCACCGCCGCCACCACCACCGCCACCACCUCCACCACCAGCAGCUCCAGUACUACCAGCAUCUCCGUCAACUCCUUCAUUUCAUCUCUCUCAGAUAGAUGCCAGAUUAGUUGAUCCAAGUAUUGGAUUAUUGAUGCCUCCUCUCCAGACCCCUAGCAAUCUCGCUGUUUUUUGUGAUCACAACUAUACUGUAGAGGAUACAGUUCAUCAACGAAAACGAAUUCAGCAGCUGGAGGAGCAAGUUGAAAAACUGCGUAAGAAGCUCAAGACAGUGCAGCAGCGAUGCCGGCGUCAGGAAAAACAAAUUGAAAAACUGAGAGAGGUUGUUCAGUUUCAGAAAGAAAAAGACAUACUGGCAGGAAAAGGCUAUGUGAUUCUACCCAAUGACUAUUUUGAAGUUGUAGAAGUACCUGCCUAGAAGUCACGAACAUCGGUUUUCACUAUGCUAGGCCAAGAAAUUUAGUUUGAAAACUAUAUGCUCUCUAAUUCUGUGCACAAGA